CCUCUCCUUGCACUGCCUCUGCUGCCACCUUGGCUGUGGGCUGUUCCCAAGUUCUCUGAGGAAAUAGUACAGGAGUGGGCAGUUAGAGAAGAAGAGUGUGGCCGAAGACUGGUCUGGAGGGAGAGAAGAAUGCUGGGAUGGGCUCAAGUCCCCUUUCUAACAUGGCAGGACCUCAGAGCCCUUUUACUCCUCGCCUUGAUUCCAUCUCUAUGUUCCACCAAGGAAACAUCUUCCGUUACAAUACUGCAGGAUCAAAACAUAAGCCAAGAAGAUUUUAUAGAGUUGUUGAACUUGCCAAGAAACACAAGCAAUUCAGCCAUCACUGUGAGGUAUAUCUGCUCUAGGCCUUGCUGGAUCCAUGUUGACAUUGUGGCCUCAUCAGAAUUCCGGACAGGAGUUUCAGUAUUCAAAAAACGAUGGAGGAAUGAGAAAUACGAUUAUCAAACAAGGACCCGUACAGUAAACUUGAAAUUUCCAAGCACUAUGAUUUAUAAGAAUGACUAUUUCCUAAGGAACUCCGUGGAUGUAUAUUUUGCAGCAGUCAGAGCCUGGCUUGUACACAUUGAUCCAGCAAAUAAAGAACAUAACGAAACCAUUUUGUUUGCAGCAGCAAAAACCUUUGGUGUCUUGAACACAAUUCCACCACUUCUUCGUCCUUACAAAGAUCACCAGAUAUGUCUAACAUGGGGUUUUGAGCAAGUGAGAAGACAGAGAGAAAAUACAAUGUUUGUUUGUCCGUGUGAAUCUGAUGCUGUAAGGAUGCUUGAUUUCCCCCUUGCCUCCAACAGCAGACACAAUGGCAUUAUCAGAACAUUUCAGAACUUUAGGAACCGAGAACUGGAGCUGAGAAGAAGUCAACAGUUUGAUAAUGCAAAGUUUACUUUUUCAGUCUGGAUUUAUUUACUGAAUUAUUGUUCGCAUAAAGAAUGUGGCAUUAUCCACCAUGUUGAUGGCAGUAACAUGUACGCAACACCCUUAUUAUUCCUCCGUGAUAAAGGUCAGAUCCAUGUUCAGAUGAGGCUAGCUACUGAAACUGAUACUGCAUAUCUAACAAAGUUUAAGGUUCCUUUACGCAGAUGGCUCCGUAUGGAUAUUGCUGGCUAUGCCAGAAAGAUAACAUUUACCAUACUUCUUGGAAAGGAACUGGAAAGGUUUGCUCAAGAAAUAUACAAUCUGCAGGAAGAUGUAUUAUAUGAUGAUACUGCAGGAUAUGUGGCCCUUGGUGGGACCAAGUUUGUAAGAGGCAUUGCAGGAUUCUUUGGGCCUGUAAAAUAUUAUCGACUCAGGACUCUGAAAAGUGAGGAGAUUUCUAACCCUCUAGUGGAUGAGAUUUAUCACCAGAUUGAUUCUUACUACGAAAGAUGUGCCAGUGUUCAAGACAUUGUGCGUUCGUACAGCAGUAUUGUGGGGAAGGAAAAUCAACUACAGACACAAAAUAAAUCACACAACUACUACUUGGGCUUGCAUUUACAAUAUGGAAGACGGCCUUGCUGCGAGACACUUCCGUGGCACCAAGAGAAAAAGGAGAAAUACAGUCAUUUGUUCAGCCUACUGCAGUCUGUAGACUGGACCUCAUUAGAUUCAUCAAAUGAUCUGCUCAUUAGAUUUGGAAAUAUAAUAUAUGACAGUAUUAUAGAGAAACUAACAGGUGGUCUGGAACAUCUUGGUGCUGCUGUGCCCUCACUGAUUGAAGCAAGUUGCUCUGGAUACCACAAAGCAUCUUACCUCCUGGCAGUUAUGUAUGAAACUGGCUUACAUGUGCCUGUUGAUAAAGUGCAGGGGCUCUUAUACAGUCUGGUUGGAGCGCAAGGGGAUGACAGGCUCGCUUUGCUGAAACUUGGCUAUAAGCAUUUCCAAGGGAUUGAUGGCUACCCUCUGGAUUUGGACAUCUCGUGCUCUUAUUACAUUAAUAUUGCAAAGAAAACCCCAAAAGAUCGAAGUAAAAAACAUGAAGAACAGGCCUUUGCAGAAGCCAUUAGGCUUACGGAUGAUAUGAUGCUCAAAGAACAAACCAGAGAAAAUGAUGAUUUAUUUUUGUGGCUUAAACAGAAUGCUGAAAGAGGUGAUCCACAUGCCCAGCACAGACUGGCACAGAUGUAUUUCUGGGGACAGCAAGGUGUGACCAAAAAUAUCAAAGCAGCAUUGGAAUGGUACAGGAGAGGAGCACUAGAAAGUGAAGACCCCAUAAUAAUGUAUGACUAUGCUGUCAUACUUUUCAAGGGUGAGGUUAUACGAAAAGACAUGAAGCUUGCACUCAAAUUAAUGAAGAAAGCUGCAGAGAAGGGAAAGCAUGAGGCCCUGAAUGGCUUGGGAUGGUAUUACCACCAUUUCCAAAACGAUUUUGUCAACGCUGCCAAGUAUUGGAAGAGAGCAUAUGACAUGGGAAAUCCAGAUUCUGCAUAUAAUCUUGGAGUCCUGUAUUUAAAUGGAGUAUUCCCAGGGGAGCCAGGAGUUAACGAGACACGGGCUUUUGAGUACAUCUUCAGCGCCUCAGAAGGAGGCCAUAUUGAUAGCAUCAUCUAUUUAGUCCAAUAUUUAGUGACGGGAAGUUUGAAGAGUGUCCCAAGGAAUCCAAAAGCAGCAAUUAUAUGGGCAAAGUCAGUGGCGGAGCAAAAUGGACAUAUUGGGCAUGUCAUAAGGAGAGCUCUGAAUGCAUAUCUGGACAGGUCUUUACAUGAAUCAGUUCUAAACUACAUCCUGACUGCUGAGGCUGGCGUGGAAGUUUCACAGACUAACAUGGCUUAUCUUUGUGAGGAACAUCCUGAGUUCAUUCCUUCAUAUCUAAUGGAUAUCUGUAUUCUGAGAUACUACAACCUUUCAGUAUAUCAAAACAAUCCUCCUUCUGUUGCUUUACUGAAACUGGGUGACCUGUAUUAUUAUGGUGGCAAAAACCAAGCCAGAGAUCUGGAUAUGUCUCUGAUGCUGUACACACAGGCAGCAUUACAGGGUGAUUCCCAGGGAUUUUAUAAUUUGGCCCAGCUUGUUCAAGAAGGCGUUUCCAUACCAGAUCACUUAUUACAGCAUCUGAAAAUAGACAGAUUUAUGUACAAUACCAGUGACUCACUCACAUUAAAGCUUUAUGAAAGGUGUCAGAGUCACUGCAGUGAAGAAUCUCUAAGCCCUUGCUCUUUUAUGCUGAUUUAUUUUCAUAUACGUGCGGCGUGGCAUUCCAUCCUGUGCCCAUCUCUGAUCUAUGGACUGGGAUCCCUCUUACUGGCAGUUGUAGUUGGUGGUGCAUUCCUGCGAGCUCGCUUAGUACGAGAUGCUGAUCGUGUGCCCAGAAGACAGCAAGUCGCCCAUAAUGUGCCUUCUCCAGCAGCCGAUGCCAAUAACUUACCGGGCACAGAACAAACAGAAUCUUCUGCCAGGAACGUCUCGAGCAACUCAGAGGCAGAAGCCUUAGCAUUUCAGCAAGCAAGCAUACCCUUCAUCAUAAGGAACAUAAAGGAGGCUCUCAGAAACUACAGAGAUAUUUUGGCAACUAUGGCGGCACUGGGUAUCUGCAUCUACUGUGUUACACAUGCAGUGUAGUGUGUAUGAGCACAGGUCGCCUUUUGACACGAAGGACAUGUUUACAUGAAGAAUUCUCUCUUCAUUAUGUUAUAUUACGGGAAGCUAAAGCAUUUUGGCAGGCAUAUUGCUCUGUAUAAAUGAUACAUUUAAAUAAACUAAGAUAUAUCAUGUAAUAAAUUAUAUUUGAUCGACUUGCAAA